GCGAACAUGGGAUGUUUGGAACGCAAUUCUGGUCAUGGUUGAAUUGACGAGAAUUGACGGCUAUUGUUCCUGUACUAAAGUAUGACAUGAAGGAUGCUCCACAUACCCUUCCGCCGACGCAACUACAAGAUCUUCCUAGUAGUUUUGUGUUUUGGGGUAUUCUUGCUGUGGCAACUGCUAACAGUACAACCUGUCCCACCCAAACGGCACUAUGUUGGCAGGCUGGAUACGCUGUAUCCAACAGUCAAGCGUCGUCUAAGAACUCUCAGAAAACAGCCAGACAUUAUCCACUUGAACCAUUCAUCCAUUGUCUUAUCAGAUGAUCAGUCUCCAGCUCAGGUGGAGGAAAAUUUCUUCAGGUACAUCGAGAGUAAAGAUGUCCGUUGUGCUAUGGCCCAGCGGUUAGGUCACCCUCACGACGGUGGGUGGAAUGUCUGUCUGUCACCCCCAUAUGGACUGAAGAAGCCGUGUAUUGUGUUCUCUUUCGGUAUAAACAAUGACUGGCAGUUUGAUGAAGCGGUGUCCAUCCUUUACAAAUGUAAAGUCUAUUCUUACGAUCCAAGUAUGAACAUGCAGUCACAUGACCGAGGUGAACACAUUCACUUUGAACCAACAGGCCUGGGCGGGAGAGAUGAGACAAACCAUAAUGGCUGGAAACUGAGGACAUUCCACACAUAUCUGAUCAAUCUGGAUCUGACUGAGAAGGCGAUAGAUUAUUUGAAGUUUGACAUUGAGUAUUCAGAGUGGUCUGCCUUGGAAACCAUGGCAACAGACGGCUCUCUGGAAAAUGUGCGGCAAAUCGGCUUUGAAAUCCACACGCCGGAGCUCUUCAGGGCUUUUAAGAUGAAUAUUCCAUCGAAAAAACACGACUACUUGAAAAUGUAUCAGACUUUAGCGAAACUCGAAGAGAUUGGGUUUCGACGGUAUGAUCACCGCAGGAAUCCAUUCGGGGAAUUCAGGUCAAAUAUUUCCGGGAUCGUCCGAGCCUGCUGCUAUGAGCUGUACUACCUCAACAUGAAGUAUUACACAGAACACCAACAGGAAAUGGAACAUGACAAACGAGUUGUUCAGUUAUUUGAUGACGGGUGAUUGGUUUAUUUAUUUUAAAUCCCCACAAUGUUGAAACGUCUGUUUUCUUGAUGUGAAUUCUAUGAAGUCAUGAUCAAAAGAUUAAGCAUCGCUUACUUAACCGACUUUAGCUUCACCUAACGUAAUUUUCAACCGCCCCUGCAACCAAUAUUUUGAAGCAUUCUGAGAGAACUUUGGGGUGUAGAGAAAUAAUUUGCACAGUUUUAUGAAGCUUGCAUCUUUAUUGACACAAACAAAGCAUAUUUAGGGUGAUUUUUCGUGAUAAUGUUAUGCAUAAAUUCCACUAAAAAGGUGCUUUAGUUGUUGAAAAGGUCAAAGAUUUACAGUAACAAUAUUUCGAAAAUGUGGUUUCAAAAAGUUUAGAUGCAGUUUUCAAGUAACAUCAUUACAACUACAGAGUGACAUUUCAGUACCAAUUGAUGCUGCCAGCUAACAGCACAGUAUAGGUACUUUUCUGUCUUGUAACAUGGCAGUAUUUCUAAGUGCUGGGUAUCAUUAUUCCAACAAUAUUUGACACCCAAGAACAUAAUUAAUAAUCCUUAUCUAAUCCUGUUUAAUUAUUGUUCUAUAUCCUAUACACAUGAACUGCUUCAGUGGACUAAUUGUUAGAGCGUCCACCCCGAAGAUCUGGAGACCAAGGGAUCAAACCUGGGUCAGGUCAUACCAAAGACUUUAAAAAUGGUAGUUGUGGCUGCUUUGCUUGAUGCUCAGCAGUGAAAGGUUAGAGCAACUGAACAUGACUGGUUGGAUUGGUGUCAUGUCUGGUGUCUUUGGCAUGAUACUUUAGUGGCGCAAGCACAUUGGCGGCAUGGACUCGUCUUGCCACAGAAAGACACAGUAUAUGUACACACACCUAAUGACUCAUCGUGGCCAUGUGACUGAAAAAUUGUUAAGUACGAACCCCAAGCAUACAUACAUACAUACAUAGGUGAUACAUACAUACCAUACCUCCAAAGCAGAAUGCAGAAAUCAAGGAGUCUACACAGAAUCAAAAUGUUUCAAAUGUAGCUUUCUUAAAAAAAAAAAAAAAACUUUCCUGGAGAGUAUUUAAUGAUCUUUCAUCAUGUUUUAGUGACA